CUCUCAUGAAGCAGGUCGAGGGGCCUCCCAUCGGAUCUGGGUAAGCCCGCGUCUCGAAUCUUGCAGAAUCUGCGUGCAACAUGCGGGUGAUAUGCACACAAAUCUUGCGUUGAUCUUAGUUGAAGAUCUCUUCGUUCUCAGUGUGUUCUUUUGGGUGGUCAGAUCAUGCACAAAUUUAUAUGUCCUGAAUUCCUGAUGGUGUGGUAGUAGUGCGAUUUGACUGCACGUCGACUGGUGGAUGGAUGAGAUAUUGAGAUUAUCCUGGUCAAAGCCAUUAGCCAUGAAUCCAUCAUGUUAAAAGCCAAGCACCAUCUCGAAGUCUUCUUCCUCCUCCAUCUCUCGCAGCUCUGCAAUGGCAGCGGAUGGUUCAAUGGUGCGGAGGCUCUACCUCUCUAUCUACAAUUGGGUCGCCUUCAUCGGAUGGGCUCAGGUGUUGUGCUACAUGACCUUGGCAUUGCUGGAUAAGGGACAUGAGGCCGUCUAUGCUGCCAUCGAGCGACCUCUGCUGUUCACGCAGACUGCUGCCAUCUUGGAGAUUCUUCAUUCCAUUGUAGGGUUGGUGAGGUCUCCAGUGUCUUCUACUCUCCCACAAAUUACUGGAAGGUUGUUCAUUACCUGGGGCAUCUUGUGGAGCUUCCCUGAGACACAGUCUUAUAUUUUUGUUACCUCCUUGCUCAUAUGCUGGUGCAUCAUUGAGGUUACCAGAUAUUCUUUCUAUGGCAUGAAGGAGUCAUUUGGAUUUACACCUUCCUGGCUCUUAUGGCUUAGGUACAGCACCUUCAUAGCAUGCUUUCCUGUUGGUGUGGUUAGUGAGAUUUGCCUAGCCUACACUGUUCUUCCUUUCAUGAAGGCGUCUGAGAAAUACUGCCUUAGGAUGCCCAACAAAUGGAAUUUCUCCUUCAACUACUUCUAUGCCAAUGUCUUUUUCAUGGCUUUUUAUGUCCCAGUGGUUCCAUACUUGUUUCACCAUAUGAUCGCCCAGCGGAAGAAGGCCUUGUCAAAGGCAAAAACCACAUAACUCUUACAGUGAUAGAUAAAUUUGGGGAAUUUACUGUGUACUAUUGACUUAGGGUCAAGGACUACAUAUAAUGUAUACAAGAGAUGAAAAGACACAUAUACCCUUUAACACCCCCACUCAAAUGCAAUGUGUAUACAACAAUACAUUUGGAAGGUACAACUAAACUAAAACCAAAAUAUAAGCUUAAAGAUAUUGUCGAAGCAUGUAAGUCUUGAUGAUUAAGUAGGAAAGAUGCAUCCCCUCCUCAAUGAAGUGGACCUCGAGGCUUUCACAAACUGUUCUUCAGCCCUUGGUACCAUGAAGCCUUCACAAAUUGUUCUUCGGCUCUUCAAAGAUUUGGAGUAGGUUGAGACAAUCCAGCUCCGGUGGGAGCUGCUGUUGUUGUUGGUGAUGAUAUAAAAGACUCAUACACUUAGACAAAUUGAAGAUAUGAAAUUGACUUGGAUAGAUUUGACGGAUAACAGAAGACUUGAACUGAACUGAAGGACAGAUAUAUACUAUAGCAGCAACAACCUUUUUCUCCAAACAGCAAGCAAAAGCAACAAGUAGGAGAUGGCAGCAAAAGUGGUAGGCGAAGAUGACCUCACACUU